AUGCGUGCAUAUACUUCACUCGCCUUAUGCACCUUAGUAGUCAACUGGACGCUGACCGUGUUUGCAUUCCUGGCGGUUGUUAUCAUCCACUGCCGCAAAUUCUCGGGGAUGUCCGUACCAAUCCGGGCAGACGAUAUACUCAUCCUCGUAUCUUUUAUCGUCGGCAUAGGUCUGGUUUCCUUGUCAACAUGGGCGAUCCUCGACGAGGGCCAAGGAGAGCAUCAACAGAGAGUCCCCGAGUCGCAGCUUGAACGAGCGGCAAAGUCCAUACUUGUCGCCGAGGCCAUAUGGACUCUGGUGACAGGGCUGCUGCGCAUCGCCGCCUGCCUGCUGAUCCACAGCAUCUUCUCGUUCCCUACGGCCCGUCGUUCCGCCAUCGUGAUCAUGUUGCUCAGUGCCGGGCUCGCUGUUGCGUCCAUAAUCCAGAUAUUCCUGAUAUGCAAACCCUUCGCAGCGCAGUGGGACCCCCAUGUCCUUGGCUCUUGUGGCGACCAGAUAGCGUCAUUUAUGGCGCUGGAGACUAUUGGCUUAGUUCUAGAUCUUGGCAUACUCUUGGUUCCUGCGAAGUACAUCAUGGGGUUGCAAAUGAGCAUGAGGAGAAAGAUCCAGUUGGUACUGGUAUUCAACGUUGGCGCCGUUGUCUUCAUCAUAACUGGGCUCCGGAUGGCUGCUCUACGCAGCGCUAUCUCUCCCGAUUUUACAUACUCCCAAAGCUAUCUCUCUCUGCUCUCCGCAUCUGGCUGUAUGACUGGUAUCAUAUGCUGCGCAUCGCCGACUAUAUCGGGCAUCGUGCAGAGGGUAGUUCAGAAUCGGCGCUCGCGGUGGACACCGAAUCACCCCGCAGGAUUGCAGUUUAACGUAUCCGAGCCUACUGCCAGAGAUACGAGGACCCAGCCCGGCCAGAGGGAAGAAGGAAGUGACCACGAUGUUGAAAAAGGAUCAGGCUCGAGCACAGAUGUAGAAGAAGGUGAGCACAUAUCACCUCGAGACGAUGAAAUUACAGACGAAUGUGAGGAGAUAUCGCUUCAAGACGACGAAAGUGGUGGUCAGGAGACAGCAAUUCCAUCUGAAGGAGGGGUGCAUCUCGGGGCAGUCGCCUUGCUCGACUUUCAUGAUGAAGAUAAGAACAAGAUGUCUUUAGUCAAGGGCCAGCAGGUGUGGAUCCAUUACAGGCCCGAACAGGGUUGGUUAGUUGCGCAGAACUUAGAAACGGACGAGAUCGGACUGGUCCCUGAGAGAUCCGUUGGUUUAAGUGGUUAUGACGACCGAAGCCGAGCAGAAAGAGCCGUGGUGAGCCUGGAGCUGCAAUGUCGUGCUGGUUUGGGCCGGACUGAGUUUCCACAUCAUUAG